AUGGCUGAUCCGCUGUCGAUCGCAUCCGGUGUUGCUGGAUUUCUCUCCCUGGGAAUUCAAGUCACACAAACUUUAAUUGAUUUCUAUUCUACCUACAAAGGCCAAAAUGCCGAUCUUGCAAAGAUAACGCGAAACAUCGAAAGUCUCCGGGCUAUUUUUCAGUCUCUAGAAGCUGCAAUUGAAUUACGUCAAUCCCAGGGUGUCGCGGAUGAUCUCUUGCAGGAGGUCGAGAAAGCCGCACAAAACUGUCAGAGAAUUGUCAAAGAACUCCAGGACGAGUGCCAAAAGCUCCACGCCGAUUUUACCUCAAAAGCUGGUCUGAAAGGUCGUGUCCAAAUUGCUGGGCGCCGCGCCCUCUAUCCCUUCCGAAGAAGCACAAUACAGAAAAUCGAAGAGGACAUCGUCGAGAUACGCGAGAAUCUUUCGUUCGCACUAAGUGUCUUGCAAUUUAAGACUCAUAAUCGAGCUGAACAAGAAAUAGCAACUUUUAAAUCUCUCCUUGAGCGAACCAAAGACCACCAAAUAUCUGCCACCAUAUGUUCAUGGCUUAUGGCUCCUGAUCCAUCCGUCAACCAUAAUGCUUUAUAUCAAAGACACCACCAAGAUACUGGCCUAUGGUUAAUCAACAGUACUCGGUUCGAUAAUUGGAUAAAUGAAGAAAAUUCUUUCCUCUGGAUCAGCGGGUUUGCAGGAUGUGGCAAAUCUGUCAUCUGUUCGACUGUCAUCGAACAUACUUCGAGGCUGAUAAAGUACAGAGAAAAGGCUGCAAUUGCAUAUUUUUACUUCUCUUUCAACGAAGUCUCAAAGCAAGACUCCCACGGCAUGUUAUGCUCGUUAAUAUUACAGCUUUCUAUGCAGACUCAGGAUGGUCCAAAAGAGCUCGAGCAACUCUACGAAACAUCGAAGCUAUUGACUCCCUCAAUGGAAUCGCUACUCCAAACCUUUGACAAGCUUCUUGCACAUUUCCAAGAUACAUAUAUCGUGCUUGACGCACUGGAUGAAUCCCCUCAAGUUUGUAAUAGAGAGGGUGUUCUGGGAGUGAUCCAGGACAUACGGAAUUUGCCUAGUAUUCAUCUUUUAGUCACAAGCCGCGACCAUCUUGACAUUCGAAAAUCGUUGAACCCUUCUCAAGCAUCCUGCAUUUUGAUGAGGAACUCAGAUAAUGAUAAAGAUAUCUCCAGUUUUCUGUCUUAUCAGCUCAAUAACGAUGCAAAGCUCCAGAGGUGGAAGGAACGUCACAAUGAGAUCCAAGAAAAGCUCAUAAGCAGUGCGCAAGGAGUUUUCCGUUAUGUGGAGUGUCAGCUUAGAUAUCUCCGCAAAGCAGGUAACCGGAUUCAGUUAGACAAAUAUUUAAACUCUAUGCCUCGGGAUCUUGAGGAAACCUAUGAGCGAAUACUUUGUGAUAUUGAUGAAAUGCACAUGGAUGAUGUACGUCGUAUAUUGACUAUUCUCUGUCUCACUACGCGGCCCCUUUCGAUUGAUGAGUUGAGCGAGGCACAUGCGGUUGAACUCAAUCACGAACAACCCUAUCUUGAUCGCGAAGGUCGAUCCUAUGAGCAUGAUGAUCUUGUGGGUAUCUGUCUGGGACUCGUGGAGACCGUGGAGACUGUGGAGACCACGAUACCCAGUACUAGAAAUAAAUGUGUCUCGAUCGUUCGUAUCGCGCACUUUUCUAUCCAGGAGUACCUUCAGUCAGAGCGCAUCCAACAGCAGAAAGCGAGAACAUUUGCGAUUCGAAAAGAAACUUCAAGCGCGGACAUGGCCAGCAUCUGUCUUGUCCACCUCUUGGAGCCUGCAUUAUCAAAUGCGUUGUCGGAUAGGGAAAUGAGAGAAAGUUUUCCACUCGCACACUUUGCCGCAGAAAAUUGGCAUCAUUAUUGGAAAAAUUCUCAAGCAGGCCCAAAAACUGAGAAAUUGUUGUUGAGGCUGUUCAUCGAAGAGACCGAUUCUUUCCAGACCGUAAUCUGGUUAUACAACUUCGAUGAAAAGUUUGGAUUUCUCAAUUACUUGCCCUGGCGCCAGACAAAGGCCAUACACUUGGAAAUAUACUAUGCAGCGCUUUUGGGGCUCGGAACAAUCUUCGAGAAAGUUCUUGAAGCUCACACCGCCACGAGAAGUCCAUCAGAUUUAUUGAAUACUGAAAGUAACUUUGUCUUUGGAAACGCUCUACAAGCCGCAUCAUUCCAAGGCAAUAUAGAUAUAGUACAUUUACUACUCUCUUGGGGUGCUGAUGUGAAUGUCUGUGGUGGUCGAUUUGGCACUGCCCUUCAAGCCGCAUCAGACCAAGGCCACUUAGAGAUAGUACAGUUACUACUCUCUCAAGGUGCUAAUGUGAAUAUCUGUAGUGGUCGACUUGGCACUGCCCUUCAAGCUGCAUCACUCCGAGACAAUAUAGAGAUAGUACAGUUACUACUCUCUCGGGGAGCUGAUGUGAAUGUCUGUGGUCGAUUUGGCACUGCCCUUCAAGCCGCAUCACCCAUGGCCAUAUGGAGAUAG